AUGCCUUGUGAAGGGUGCGUGCACCUCCAGCGCGCUACAGAGGCGCAUUCAUCCACUCAUUCUGCCCUUUGCUGUCCCAAACAGAAGCUCCUGCCUACCUUUCAGUGACCUGACCAACCACAGAGCCAAGCGUGCGGUGGAAAGCAACUCUUGCCAGCCCACCGUGGCAAAGAAGUUGAGGACCGCCCAGUCUAGCGUCGCUGGCUCACUGUAUGCGACGUCUUUGCACACGCCGUGGGGAACGGAGGGGGCCGAGCCAGACUCUGAAGACGACAAUGUGGGCAUCGACUACCCGUACGACGUAUUCUCCGAGUCUGACUCCGAACCCGAUGAGCGUCCCAAUUACUAUGAGCAAGAGUUCCUUGACUGGGCGUCUUCCGAUGAUGAAGGCAAGCUGGGCUAUGACCUGUACAGCUCUGAUGACGAGGCAGGGAAUGACAAGAGCACAGCAGCAGCAGCAGCAACAGUACUGUGACUGAUCAGCAAGGCAGCAUCAGCCGUAGUGCCGCAGCAUCAGACAGCAGCAGCAGCAGCAGCGCAGACAGAGACACUGCUGACCACCAAGCCCAGCCUGGUAAGGGAGGCAAUGCUGAUUUCAUUUGGCAGGACCAAGACCUGUAUGCAGACAAACAAUCACUGGAGGAUGCCGUCGACUGGGUGGCACUGCUCUCGUGAGUGAGGCUGUCAAGGGCCAGGGCCAGCACUAGUUGCUAACCCAGCAUCACUCACAACUUGGCAGGGACCACCAGCCUGUUGGGCUGCAGAGCACGAUGGAGCCCCAAGCUUCGAGGAGGCAUGCUAGGAAGCGGCACGCAGCAGCCCUGGCCUACCCCUCAGGACCAAAGGCUAUUGAGCACCUUUCGAGCCUUGAGGAAGCCUUGGUAGCUGCUCAGAGGGUUGCCAACCAGCUGCGCAUACGCAGUGAUGUCAAAGCAAUGGUCAACAGCAAGGGUUUCCUUCAGAAGUUUGUCCAGAGCUCCACUGCCCACAGCAAGCUCUGCUGUUUGAGGAUUGCUGACCAAUCCUGCAGGGUGAAGGCUAUUGGCUUGCAAGAUGGGAGAAGCAUGGUGGAGGAAGAUGGCGGCAGGGUCUACAAAGGCACUUUCUUUGAUGAAGAAGGAGAGCCAACCCACCGCUACACGGGCAUGACUACCAACUUUGCUCGCCGUUACCGAGAGCAUGUUGUUGCUCGCCUGUACUCACCAUUGGUCCACUAUGAUGCUGCUCAAGAGGCAAAGCACUGCUCUUACAGAGCACUUGCCAUUGUCAGCAAGGCACAGUACAACAACUCCGAGUAUGCCCACCUACUUGGCUGUCUAGAGUUCAUAUGGACCAUUGUACUUGGAACCUGGCAGGGCGACAAGGAGUACAACAAGAUUCAAGGUGAAGAAUUUCCUUCCCCUGGAAUCUUUGGCGUCAGUAGCAGCAACUGCUCCGGUGCACAGCGUGUGGUGCCCACUGGCCACAAGCAAGAAGCUGCCAGAGCUUCUGCACUCAACCCUUUGCUCUCCCCUCACUUUGCAGCACUUGUUGAUGCAGAGUAUGACCGGCUCAGGGCUACCUCACCUGCUGACCUCGAGCUUGUCAAAGGAAGAAUGUUGGUGGCAAAGGUCGCCUAUAGAGGUGCCGUUGCGACUUUGCUGCGGGCAGGCAGAUACGACCUGCGCUUGUGCUGCAGCGGAGAGCACAACCGCAUCCAAGCCAGCAAUCUUUAUGGACUUGUGGUGCCAGCCCAUUUGCGCCGCAUCCUCCUCAAGAAGCUCCCGGAACUGCAAGACAGUGGCGUCGCAGUUGUGAAGCUCAAGCUGGUUCUGCCAUCGGCGCAGAAAGCCAGCCCUACGGACUUCUUUGCUGGCAGUUCGCUCCGUCGAGCCCACCUCUUUGCCGGCAUACAGCUGCAGCUGCAGCUCCCCGACCUGGCCCAACCCAUCUUUCGCAUGGAGAUGGACCGUGCUGAGCUUGGUCAGGCGAACCUGAAGCUCUUUUGGAUCGUCCGAGCGGCCCUUGGCAGCACCUUCAUGGCCAGAAGAGCUGCAACAAACGCGUGCAUUGGGCUUCCAGUCUUGCAAGCUCAGUGCAAGGAUACCCGAUGCAUGGAGCUCCUCAAUGGGCUGCCUGUGAUCAUCCAGAGAAUGAAGGUCUCAGGAAGCUCAAGGCCAAGUGAUGAGCACUUUGAUGUAAGGUGGCAGUUCUUCUUUGCCGAGGUUUCCAACAGAGGCAUCAAGCUGCAUCAUCGGGAGAGGAUGGCAGUUCCAAAGUCUCUCCUCGCCAACAAUCCAGACGCCAAGGCUGCAGUUCAAGCAGGCGUGCCCGUCUACUUGCGAGCGGUUCAGGGUAGGUGUCUCUUGGGUUUUCCUGGAAAUGCCCCCUCAGACCGCUGCAGGGUUGGUAACAUCUCCCUUGAGUUUGGCACGGUGGCCAAGGGCUGGAAGGCAGCAUCUGGAGAGCUCAAGUCAGGAAAAGGUGGCCAACUGCUGAGGCUCUUGGUAGGCUGUGCGGAUGCUCUUGGCUGCAAAGAUGGGGGUGACUUGGAGGCCCCUGGAGAUUGGGUACGCUCUGCUCAGCUGCCCAUCUUUCCUUGUGGAUGUGCCAUCUUCCAGUUGGUCAGCAAGGUCUUUGGCCCCAAACCUACUCUCACCCUCAAAUUGACAAGCCAGAGAUCAAAGGGAGCCUUCCUUUACCUAGGAAACCCCUUCUGUCGAGAGUGGGGAUAUGGACUGCCCUCUGGCAGAGUCAAUCUUGGCGCUCAAGUCGAGGCAGUGGUGGCUGCUCAGGAGAGCUCUGAAGAUGUGCAAGUCUGGCUCAGGGUUGCUGGGCCCCCAGAGAACUGCGGGCGAAGCUCAGAGUGGAUCAGGCUCAGCACUCUGGCGCCUCAGUUCAUUCGCAAGGUCAAAGAAUGGCUGAAGUCUUUGCCAUAG